AUGUGCAUCGAGGAACGCAUCACCGUGUGUAAGAAUCAUCCUCGUGAACAUUUCGAGCUGGAGACCUUCAAGUUCAUUGAAGAAAUGGACUCCCCCGUGCCUCCGCUCCUGAAGGGAUUGCAGGGCAACUGGUAUCGUGCAGAAGACAAUCUACACGUGGGCGAGAUUCAAGGCCGGUUUCUCCUUUGGCAUGCGGGCUGGAAGAUGCUGCGUCCUGCCUCUGAGAUUGAGAUCAUAGAUGAGGAGGACAUCAUCAUAGGCGGAAUGACGCAUGUGAAGCUUCAAGUGGACGACAUGGUACUCAUCGGGGAGGUUUGCGCCGAUGCCCAGCCACGUAUUUGGUGGCAGGACGGCGACAUUUGGUUGAAGAAAUGA